AUGGCCAGUGAAGAUAUUGUCUUCAGCGAGUUGAAGGAGCAGGACCGCCAAUUGAGAAGGACCAUCAAAUCAAUUGCCGAAUUUGUGAAAGAUUUCCAAAGAGGGCUACAUGAAGUCGAGAUUGAAGUUCGCUUGGAUACCUUGGAUAGUACUAUGCGUAAAUUUUACGAGGUGCAGAGGAAGAUGAAGGUGAUUCUCGAUGACGAAGAUUUGGAAAGAAGGCCGGAUACGGAAGAGUCAGAAGCGCAACGAAAACGACGAAUUAAAACGCAAGCUGCUCGUCGUGAAGCUGAGUUUGAUGAAGUAGCCUCCGAAGUUGAGAGGCUCUAUUACCCUUCUAAGGCUGCGUUGCUUAACCUUCAGCAUAAAGUAAGGGAACCAUCGGAAAUAGAGAGAGAUCCCAGGGGUGAAGAACCUGCUGUGUCUCGGGUCAAGCUUCCCGAUAUCCAACUUCCCAAAUUUGGAGGAAAGAUCAGAGAGUGGGUAACCUUUCGCGACAUGUUCACAAGUUUGAUCAACAACAACAGCCAACUCUCUCCGAUUGAUAAGUUCUCCUACUUACGAUCUUCUGUUACCGAUGAAGCCCUCCAGGAGAUUAGUUCGAUUGAAAUGACCGCUGCCAACUACCAAGUCGCAUGGAACGCACUCGAAAGGAGAUACGAAAAUAAGAAACUUAUU